AUGGCUCCAGCCUCGCUGAAAGUCUCAGACAGCCAAGAACAUGGGGACGACGAGCUGGAAACCUCAGACACGAGACGAAAUGCUUUCGGCGCGCGAGUUGCUGAGCAAAGUACAAGUGCAGAGCCAAACUUGCAGGACUCUUCAAGGAAUGAGACACCCAGACUCCAACUCCCGGUUGGAUCUCCUAGGCAGCAAGGGCAAGAUAUUCUGCCACAACAAUCUAAAGCUCCAGUUCAUUCGCCGCCCGGCAUACUCAAGUCCGCCUCAGUUGGUCGCAACCGAGGAUAUUCCUUGAGACGCGCGCUUUUCACUCAGAACGUGCAGAAGCAGAUACCUGACCAUGCGGGGACCUUCGAGCUGGACUCAUCGAAAGAGGAGAGUCAGAAGAGUGGUUACCGCCCGACAACGGUCACGGUCGAAGAGUCGCAGGAAGAGUCAGCCAGUCGUCUACAGGAGUCUGUGCGACUAUCAGACUCCAAGCUUGAGCUGCCUCUUUACCGCCAGUGGAUGGCGAAGCAGUCUUCGCGAACGACCUUAUUGAAAACACUAAAGGAGAUCUACCGUCAGUUCAAACACAAGGUUAUUCGAGCUAACGCCAUCACAUCGAGUGUUGAUGGGCGGCACGUAAAGGUGAAUGUACACGAUGACGAACUGCCAAUCGAUGAGAGGUCCGGAAAGCCACACAUCGACAAUCUUAUUCGCUCCUGUCGCUACACGCCCUGGAAUUUUGUACCCAAACAGCUCGUGGCUCAGUUUGGGAAACUCGCGAACUUCUACUUCCUGUGCGUCUCUAUCCUGCAAAUGAUACCUGGUCUCAGCACCACUGGCACAUACACCACUAUCAUACCGUUGCUAAUCUUUGUUGCAAUCUCAAUGGCCAAGGAAGGCUACGACGAUAUAAGGAGACACCGUCUGGAUAAGGAGGAAAACGAGCGCACGGCCCAUGUUCUCAGAAUUACUCCGUCUUGUCCCCACAACACUGAGUGGCAGGAGAAGAAAUGGAGCGAUGUUCGCGUAGGCGAUGUUGUCCUGUUGAACAGGAACGCCGGCAUCCCUGCAGAUCUAGUACUUCUACAUGCCAACGAACCAACGGAUACAGCUUACGUGGAAACAAAAAGCCUUGAUGGGGAAACAAAUCUCAAAUCAAAGAAGCCCCUGGCCGACAUCAGUGAAGCCUGCCAGGAUCCACGAUCCAUCUCUCGACUGGCAGCCGAAUUUGUGGUGGAAGAUCCCAACCUCGAUCUCUACAAAUUCGACGGCAGGGUAACAAUCAACGGAAAUACACUGCCACUGACCAAUUCCGAAAUCCUGUACCGUGGCAGCGUGCUGCGCAAUACGCCGUCCGCGGUAGGCCUGGUCAUUUACUCGGGUGAAGAAUGUAAGAUCAGGAUGAACGCCAACAAGGCACCCCGUACAAAGGCACCGGCUUUGCAGGCCAAGGUCAACAGGGUGGUCGUAUUUGUUGCGUCGCUUGUCCUCUUCAUGGCCAUCAUAUUGACUGUGGCAUAUCAGAUCUGGCGCCGAACGACAGAGAACAAGUCAUGGUACCUGCAGGAUGCGAGGGUGCCCUUCGGCCAAGUCUUCACCUCCUUCAUUAUCAUGCUGAACACGAUGCUGCCGUUGAGCUUGUAUGUGUCGCUCGAAAUCGUCAAGGUCUCUCAGAUGUUCUUGAUGAAUGAUGUGGACAUGUACGACCCGGAGUCGGAUACUCCAAUGGAACCACACACUUCGACCAUCAACGAAGAGCUCGGGCAGGUCUCUUACAUCUUCUCCGACAAGACAGGGACACUUACCAAUAACUCGAUGAAGUUUCGAAAGCUGAGCGUCGCUGGCACUGCAUGGCUGCAUGACCUUGAUCUGCGAGAGGAUGCAGCCGAUGAGGCUGGACAGCAGCGGCUAAGACACAAGAAGCGAGGCGGCAAAGAGAAAGAGCCUGACGCCGAGAAGAAGCAAAGGAUGCCUUUCUCAAAGCUGUUGCUUAAGCCUACCACAUCGCCUGGUAUCCAUGAUGGAGAGGACCAACAGACGCGGGACGCAGCAGACGCGAACUGGAGACCAUCCAAUGGCACCAACUUGACGCUAGAAGCCGGUAAGACGCAAGACAUGCUCGAGUACAUUUACCGCCGGCCUCAGACGGUUUUCGCACGAAAGACCCGAUUCUUCCUGCUGUCGUUAGCGCUUUGCCACACUUGUAUUCCGGAGAAAGAUGACCAGGGCGAGAUGACUUAUCAAGCCGCGUCUCCUGACGAGCUAGCCUUGGUAAAGGCAGCCCAAGACUUGGGAUAUAUUGUGACUGAUCGACAAGCCAAAAGUGUGACGGUCAAAACAUAUGCCGAUGGGGAUGAGGCUUCUCCGAUCUAUGAAACGUACGAGGUUCUGGACGUGAUCGAAUUCUCAAGUGCGAGAAAGCGGAUGUCAAUAGUGGUCCGCCUCCCCGACAGACGGAUCUGCCUGAUUAUCAAGGGCGCGGACAGUACCAUCCGGAAACUUCUACGCCUGGCAGAUCUGGCUGCGACCGAAGUGCAGGCGGUGGAAAGACGUGCAAGCCAGCGAAAAAGUGUUGAGACGCAAGAGGCGUUAAGGAGGCGUAGCUCUCAGUUGAACUGGAAAUCAGGUUCCGUCUACGGAGCUGACACCGUUUCUCCGCGACCGAGUGGCGUGUCUUUUGACCGUUCUCGAAGCGCUCGGGAAAGCAUUGACCAUUGGUUGAAAGAUCGUGAGCACGAAGCAAGCACGUCCCAGCAGCGCAAGAGUUCUCAAUUCUAUUCACCUCGACCUUCCCUACAACUUCUUUCUCGCAAAUCCGAGAGCUACAGCGGGAGGGUGCACCACUCGCCUCAAAUCACACCUCGUACGUCUAUGCAAGUGGAUGGCACAGAGGAGCUUGUUGAGGAAAGCCUCGUAGUUGACGACCAUGCUGUCUUCGAACGAUGUUUCCAACACAUUGAUGACUUUGCGACUGAGGGCUUGCGUACCCUUAUGUAUGCAUAUCGAUACUUGACGGAAAAUGAAUACAAUGAGUGGAAGCAUAUCUACUUCUCGGCUACGACAAGCAUCACAGAUCGGCAAGAAAAGAUUGAGCGUGCAGCAGAGCUUGUCGAGACCAAGCUGGAGUUGUUAGGAGCCACUGCAAUCGAGGACAAGCUCCAAAAAGGAGUCCCCGACGCCAUUGAGCGGUUUCGGAGAGCAGGUAUCAAGAUGUGGAUGCUUACUGGCGACAAACGUGAGACGGCCAUCAACAUUGGCCAUUCAUGUCGACUUAUCAAGCACUAUUCUGCAGUUAUAGUCCUGGAUCAUGAGCUUGGAGAUCUCAACUGCCGGAUGGCCGACGCAUUUGCCCACAUGAGCGAUGAGAAGACGAUACACUCUGUCCUGGUCAUUGACGGUCAAACUCUCGCCAUCAUUGACGCAGACGAGGCUGCGAAGGCGCUCUUCACCGAUGUUGCCAUCCGUGCCGACUCUGUGAUAUGUUGUCGGGCUUCCCCAAGUCAAAAGGCGUCGCUCGUCGCCACUAUCCGAACCAAAGUCAAGGGCUCCGUAACCUUAGCAAUUGGUGACGGCGCGAACGAUAUUGCUAUGAUCCAGGAAGCCCAUCUCGGAAUCGGCAUCGCUGGCAAAGAAGGCCUCCAGGCCGCUCGGACCUCUGAUUACUCGAUUGCGCAAUUUCGCUUCUUGUUGAAACUGCUGUUGGUCCAUGGACGCUGGAACUAUGUUCGAAUCUGCAAAUAUCUCCUCGGCACCUUUUGGAAGGAAAUGCUAUUCUACCUCUGCCAAGCCUUGUUUCAACGGUGGAACGGUUAUACUGGGACCAGUCUGUACGAACCAUGGAGUCUCUCCAUGUUCAAUACCCUCUUCACUUCUCUCCCGGUGGUCUUCAUGGGGGUCUUUGAGAAAGAUCUGUCAGCACCGACCCUGUUAGCAGUUCCGGAACUGUACAACAUCGGCCAGAGGAAUCAAGGCUUCAACUUCCGAGCCUACGUCAGAUGGUGUACGCUAGGUGCUUGCGAGGCUGUCCUUGUGUACUUUCUGGUCCACAAUAUUUACGGCCUGGCAUGGUUCACGCAAGAUCAAGAGCUCUACGCCUUUGGGGACCUGGUCUACUCUGUCUGCGUCGUCGUGAUCUCGCUCAAGAUGCAGUUCAUCGAGCUGCACAACAAAGCCCUGCCGGCCGCCAUUGCGAUCUUCUUGUCAGUUGGUGGCUGGUGGCUGUGGAACCUGAUACUGUCCUGCAUAUACCCCUUCAGCCCCAUCUACAACGUGAACCAUGCCUUCUUGGAUAGAUUUGGGCGCAACCUUUUGUGGUGGGUGACUUUGAUAUUGACUGUGGCGGCAGUCUGCUUGGUCGAGGUCACGAUCAAGGCAGUCAAAGCCACUGUCUGGCCGAGUGAUGUGGAUGUUUUCCAGGGGUUUGAACAAGAUAGAGAAGUGCGCAAGCGCUUCGAAGAAGCCUCUGCUGAGCUGCUGCAGCAAGGAUGGGAUAGAGGGACAAAGAAGUCGAGCCUGGAAAUUGCCCGCGAGACCGCUGAGCAGGCGGAACGAGAGGCGCAAGUUGAAGAGCUACUCCAGAAGCCCCGAGGAAUGACGACGGAAACAAGACCGAAGACGAAGAGGAAUGAAUCGGGGUUUAGCAUGAAGUCGAGCACCAGCACGAAGCGACAACAGAACCCAGCGAAUCGGAGUCACGAAAUGACCCAAGUCCCACAGCCUCCUCCGGGGCGAAAAUCGAUUGAUAUUGGUGAACUAUUCAGCAAAGGAUAUGGCGCCGUGCGCAGGAAUUAG